AAUUUACAAAUAAUUUCAAUCUAACUGUGUGUGUGAAAACGUUCCCAAUGUAUAUAAAUAAAAUCCACCCAUUAAUGUGCCACGGAGAUUUUUCUUCUUCUCCACUUUUCGCCACCAUUUCUCUCUCUCUCUCUCUCUCUCUAAAAUCGGUGGGAGGUCCAACCUAAGCUAUGACCGGCGGAGACUGGAUUCGGGAAGCUAUGUGCGACGAUUCAUUGGUGGCCGAGGCUCUGAUCUGUCUCCACCAUUCCGAGUCGCCACCUCCUGAGCAGAGCGGCGCGUCGGAUCUCAAGCUGAAGUGGACCGUGAGACAGCGCAGGAGCAAGGCGGCUCUGUCAAGGAAGAAAGGAGAUCAUACGCGUGCAAGUCCCACGACGCCUCUUUCCUGGAGCGGCGCCACCUCCUUUAGCGGUGGCGCCGGUGCUGCUGCCGUUGAUGGAAUUGAGGAGUCGAGCGGCGCCGUGAAACUGUCAGAGGCCGUUAGAUCUGAGAUAACUCAAACGAGUGUAACAACAACCCCUUUCAAGAGAUCAAGAAAGAAAAAGACUCUUGCUGAGCUUAAAGAGGAAGAGAGUUUGCUCGUAAAGGAAAGGAAAGGCUUGAAGAAUGAACUCGCAAGUAUGCUGGAUCUGCUCAAGCAACAAAGAGCACGAAACGACUCUUUAAAGAAAAUGCAGGCUGAAUCACAAAAGAAUGAUGGUUCCUUCUUGCUCCCUGACCUUAACAUACCUCUUGAUAACAACAACCCGAGCCCUGAAAUUCUCUAUGGAACCAGCUGAUAUGUAACUACAAGACAACCAUCACACAUCAUUAUUCUUUUUGUCAGCCACACGUUUCUCGAGUACGCAUAACUGUAACUAUAUAUGAUAGUCGUCCCCUUCCAGUGUCUUUGCAGAAGGAAAGAAGAUUCUAAUCACAGUGGAGACGAGUUAAAAUGUUUAUGAGUUUUUUUUUUAUAAUUUCUCUCUUAUAGAUAUUGUUGAUUCUUAGGUUGUAGCAAGUUUUUGGUCUUGCCCUCCUUUAGUUCUCUCUCUCUCGUUCUUUUUAUCCAGUUGCUUUUUUAUGUUCUUCUUUUACGUAAGAUGAGAGAUGUGUAAUUAAUAAAUACUACAAAUUAUCUAUUCAUAGGCACAUUUCUUCUUUUAUUCACAUUUCCACCUUUUGUAAUGUGCAAAUUCUAAGAUGAUGGACCAAUUUCUCCCU